GAGGAAGAACGAGCCAUGGCGGUGAUCAAAUCAACAGGAGUCGACGUGCGAAACCUGAUGUACAGGAUGGUAUUCCGACGAACAUCCACGACCCUCAUCUUCGUGAUGGGUGGAGCAAUCGCAGGAGAAUGGGCAUUGAAUAAGGUAUUUGAUGAUCUCUGGGAGAGAGCCAACAAGGGGAAAUUGGCGCAUCAUCAACCGUGGUUUCAAGCCAAGUAGUCUUUUCAAUCUUAUGGCUUAGCGGUAUGCACUUCACUUCUCGCAAUAAACGACGAUUUGUCUGG